AUGGACCAUCUUUCGUCAACAACCCUUUUGCCCGAAACCUUUUCGGGCGCUAGGGAUGAUUUUGCGGAGCAAUUUAGCAUCAUAUGGGGCCAGGUAAAGGCACCAUUGAUCGUGCCACUGCUUGAACUCGCCGUGUUUUUGUGCUUGGCAAUGUCGGCCAUGCUUUUCGUCGAGAGGGUUUACAUGGCUUUCAUCAUUAGUCUCGUGAAGCUUUUCGGCAGAAAACCCGAAAGACGGUACAAAUGGGAGCCGUUGAAAGAUGAUUUGGAGCUUGGAAACUCUGUGUACCCAAUGGUUCUUGUUCAAAUCCCAAUGUACAAUGAGAAAGAGGUUUAUCAGCUGUCAAUUGGAGCUGCUUGUGGCUUAUCUUGGCCGUCGGAUCGAAUCAUAGUUCAGGUUCUUGAUGACUCAACAGACCCCAUAAUCAAGAAUAUGGUGGAAAUGGAGUGCCAGAGGUGGGCAAGUAAGGGCAUAAACAUAAAGUAUGAAAUCAGGAACAACAGAAAUGGGUACAAAGCUGGGGCACUUAAAGAGGGCCUCAAACACUCUUAUGUGAAGCAAUGUGAUUAUGUAGCCAUUUUCGACGCCGACUUUCAGCCCGAGCCCGAUUUUCUCUGGCAAACCAUACCGUUUCUAGUGCACAACCCUGAAUUGGGCCUCGUCCAGGCCCGGUGGAAAUUCGUGAAUGCAGAUGAAUGCCUAAUGACAAGGAUGCAGGAAAUGUCACUCGACUAUCAUUUUACAGUGGAGCAAGAAGUUGGAUCGUCUACAUACGCUUUCUUUGGCUUUAAUGGAACUGCGGGUGUGUGGAGAAUAGCAGCAAUUGAUGAGGCCGGAGGAUGGAAAGACCGUACAACGGUCGAGGACAUGGACUUGGCCGUACGUGCGAGCCUCAAGGGAUGGAAAUUCUUGUAUCUUGCCUCUCUUAAGGUGAAAAACGAAUUGCCUAGCACGUUCAAGGCAUACCGCUAUCAGCAGCACCGUUGGUCAUGUGGGCCCGCUAACCUGUUUCGAAAAAUGGUGAUCGAGAUUUUACGAAACAAGAAAGUGUCCAUGUGGAAGAAGGUUCAUGUGAUAUAUAGCUUCUUCUUCGUAAGGAAGAUUGUAGCCCAUAUAGUCACCUUUGUGUUCUAUUGUGUUGUACUGCCUGCUACUGUGCUUGUACCCGAAGUCCAUAUACCGAAAUGGGGAGCAGUUUACAUACCGUCGAUCAUCACUCUCCUCAAUGCCGUUGGAACUCCAAGGUCACUCCAUUUGUUGGUGUUUUGGAUCCUUUUCGAGAAUGUAAUGUCAUUACACCGGACAAAAGCUACCUUCAUUGGCUUGUUGGAAGCCGGCAGAGUUAACGAGUGGAUUGUUACAGAGAAACUCGGGGAUGCUCUUAAGUUAAAACCAACACUUAAAGCUUUCAGAAGACCUCGAUUUCGAAUUGGUGAAAGGGUCCAUUUGUUCGAGCUUGGAACGGGCGCCUACCUAUUCUUUUGCGGUUGUUAUGACAUGUCGUUUGGGAAAAACCACUAUUACAUAUACCUUUUUGCGCAAGCAAUCGCGUUUUUCAUCAUGGGAUUUGGCUAUGUUGGCACAUUUGUGCCAUCUUAG